CAUUGUGUUGGUGCCCCCAUCGGUAGUGUGUGCGUGUGCUUGUGCGAAGUGUGGUGGAUUUCUGUAAGUGGGACAUCUGAGAGUACGAGACCUCUGUUGCGACCUCAACCGACGACGGGAAGACUUCAACAAGGACGUCGUGGACCAAGGGCUCCCUCUUCGUUAAAGAUGCUGUUUGGCACCAGCCUGUGUAGUGGGCGAUCCUUCUGCCCGGAGGCCCUCGUCGCCUCCGACGUCACUUGUAACCGGGACCGCUAGCGGGCCCUCUUCGGGACCUAGGUCCUGACAUCAGCAUUAUGGGAUUUCCCCGUCGACCCCGGAAGCGCUGGCGCCACCCGGGACUGGUCUUUCUGUCAGCAGCGUUUCUCCUCGGCUAUUUCUCCUACGUCAAGCUACCCGGAGAUGGCACCUGCCAGCAUAAUGCGCAUGACACCUUCGAUACGCCACUGCGCGUCAUCCGGCGCAACCUGCUACAAGCGACCAACAACUCUUCAAACGACACCGUGAAAUCUGCUCAGUUUCCAAACGACAUAUUCACACCGCACCAACGUCGCAGAGGCGCCGUCAUACUGCACGUGGUGGGCAUGGUGUACAUGUUCGUGGCGCUUGCCAUCAUCUGCGACGAGUUCUUCAUCCCGGCUCUUGACGUCAUCACCCUCAAUCUAGGCAUAUCCGAAGACGUAGCCGGAGCCACCUUCAUGGCGGCCGGGGGAUCGGCGCCGGAACUAUUCACAAGCGUUAUUGGGGUGUUCAUAUCUUUCGACGAUGUAGGAAUCGGUACAAUCGUGGGGUCAGCGGUGUUCAACAUCCUCUUCGUUAUCUCAAUGUGUGCCAUCUUCUCCAAGUCGGUGCUUCAGCUGACGUGGUGGCCCCUCUUCCGUGACGUCACCUUCUACUCCAUCAUCCUCAUCGUGCUGAUGAUCUUCUUUCGGGACAGCGUCAUCCUUUGGUGGGAAGCAACCAUCCUGCUGACAUGCUACGCAGCCUACGUCACCUUCAUGAAAUUCAACGAGCAACUAGAGCGAUUGGUGAAGAAGCUCCUCAACCGCAACAAGGUGACGCGUGUGGGCAGCACGGAUCACCUCAUGCCUCAUGCGGUGAAGCGACGUCAGUCCACGGCGACAGAGCUUCGGAACCUGCGACGGAUGCAAUCGGUGCUCGAGAAUUCUCCCCCUCGCCAAGUCCCUCUUCCUCCUCCUCCUCCAACGGAGGAAGGUAAUGAUGCCGACAACGAACCCGAAGAAGAAUACACGCCGCCGAUGGCGAAGCGGCGAAUGAGCGCACCCAUUAUGCAUUCGGGGUCAAAGUUUCGGCACGGCCUCCUGCAACUCCUCAUCCACUCCAUAGACCCUCUACAUGAGCAUGAGGGCGAAGCCAAUGCCAAGCUUGACGAGAAGGCAGGUCAGCUUCACACCAUCGCGUCCCUACGCGUCCUGCUGGACGCCACAAAGCCCGGUGGCGUGGCCAACGGUGCAGCGGUGGGUCCUCCUCCGGCAUCUUCCUGCCCCCGGAAUGGGACCCCGCUAGACAACGAUGCCACCACGCACAGCGCAGAGACGAGGCUCACCAGCCUAUCAAACAGCGAUCCCCUCACACGAGUAGACUCCGUUUCAAACCUACAGAGCGAAUCUUCCAUCACUUCCAACCUGAGCGAAAAAAUGGCAGGAGGCGGGGUAGCCAUCAUGCACAGGGCAGCGGCCGGCCCUGUGCAGACGGAGGCCCAACUGGUCAGCGAAGCGGCCAGCAACCCGCCGGACUCCGGAUACAACAGCGCUGUCGUCGCACAAUCACUGAACAACCAGCACCAAGAACCCAUCGAGGAACCCAACGAACCGUUGAGCGUCGCCUGGCCCGACACGUGGCGGGAACGCUUCAAUUACGUCGUCCUCGCCCCAAUCAUCUUUCCCCUCUGGCUGACCAUGCCCGAUGUUCGGAGACCCGAAAAAGUGAAAUACGUAGCGGGCGCCUUCCUGGGCAGCAUCGCUUGGAUCGCCAUCUUCUCGUACCUUAUGGUCUGGUGGGCCACCGUCGUUGGGGAAACACUCGGGAUCCCCACAGAGGUGAUGGGACUGACGUUCUUGGCAGCCGGGACGAGCAUCCCGGACCUGAUCACGAGCGUUCUGGUGGCUCGAAAGGGCUUCGGAGACAUGGCUGUCUCCAGUUCAGUCGGCAGUAACAUUUUCGACGUCGCCGUUGGGCUUCCGUUGCCAUGGCUUUUGUCCUGCAUGAUUUUUGGGCCUGUCAAAGUGAGCAGCACGGGCAUGGCCUGUUCCAUCUUUAUCCUCUUCAUGAUGCUCAUCUUCGUCAUCGUCACAAUCGCCAUUUUCCACUGGCGCAUGAACGUGGGACUCGCCCUCGUCAUGUUUUUCCUCUACUUCGUCUUCAUCGCCUGCUCGCUUAUCCUCGAGUACGAGGUACUCAGCUGUCAGCGAAUCAUCGCCUUCCUGAAAGGUGUACCCUACGUAAAGGCCUGAACUCUCUCGCCUGUGGAAACGAUGCUCUUACGGUACCGGGAGGGUACUGCAACAUAGUACGUCCACACGAUUUCCCAACACGCAACGAAAGGGACUGUAACGAAACUUUCGUGACAGUCCCUCCCAAUAUCCUACGUGUGACGCGACACAGUCAACUGCGGUAGUAGCUUUUGAUGACGAAUGACACCGACAAUGUGAGAGGUGGGGAUCAUACAACGUUUGUGAGGGAGAAAUCAAGAGAACACCAAUAGGUAGAGUAGAGACACUCUGGCGAAUGACACGGGAGCACAAUCUUCGGAAACAAAGCGCCAUUUUUGUACCUCAGACACGCUGCCUUUUGUUUAACGGGAGAUACUGCGUCGUGAACUUCUUGCAGAAAUAAUUUGACGAUUCCGAACAGUCGUUGUAUACUUUUAAGGGACACCUGGAGCUCGCGUGCAUUGCCACGGGUGAGCCCAAGUGUUGCUAUAGGUUGUACGUGAAAAAACAGACUUCUGUUCGGCCCGCACCGAGAACGGGCCGUGCUUACGUCCAGUACUUGUAACGGUUGUGGUGUUGCGAUAACUGCACCUCCGUUGGAACGACAACGGCUAUCAGCCACAGCUAACUGUCGAUCAGACGCGUAUCUCCGCCGAUUAUGUACAUAUUAGAGAUAACAGCUAUCGAGCUAUAUUUUUAGCCUACAUAGAGCGUCUAUACAAGCGAUAUAAGAUUGUGGUACUUGACGUAAAGUGUUACUGCCUUUCUACCAUUCUCUCUAUCAUUCCACUAUUGCUCUCAGUGUGUAAAAAAAAAAAAGACAGUACAGCAUCAUGUAGCAAGUAUGAAAGCCUUUUUAACUUAGCUAGCACGUCCUGACUGAGUGGUUUCAGGUGCUGAUAGGGGUACUUAGGGGUCGACGGAGUAGGCAAGACUGUCUCCGUUAUCACGACUAUGGGUACCCACCUGUGAUGUACAUAGACAUACAGCGUUCCUUUGAGGCGCCAACGUAGAAGGUACCCUCUAUGUAUAAAGUCCACUUUCAUGUGGUACCGUGUGACGACUCGGGUACGGAUUAGCAAUGGUAUUGGGCGUGGUUUUGUUCCGAAUGUUUGAGGCGAGAUCAAUCUCAGAUUACGUUUAUCACAGCCGUGAACGUUACACGUGGCUAUUGCUCCAACCCCGUUGUUCUCUGUGUACUUCCAGAUCCCACUUGCUUGCUAGUAACCGGCAGAUACACGCUACACGUUGUAUGCUUGGUGGAUUGUACAUAGUAGCAAACGAUGAAGCAACAACUCAGACAGAAGCCGUCACGGCCGAUGUCUCGUGGCGCUCAAAUUCGUUACGCCUAACACAGCGAAGGAUCCGUCUUGUAGAUUGUACAGAUUGUAAAUCGAUGCGAAUGACCUGCAUUGUCUGCGUUGUUGCUUUCGUAACCCACGUGACCAGUGCCAGCGCUGCGAAGAUUUGGAGUACUUUUCCCUAGUCCUGGAGAAAAAUGCUGCGUACGCUGUGGUGCCGUGUGUGUACGAUUACGCGGUCCACGCGCAUUUCCAAUGCGGUUCACGCAUGUAUUCUUACUCGAGACAAGCGAAGAACAUUGAAUGUGGAUGAGAAAUGACACGGCAUGGCGCUGAUUCGCUACCGGCUCCACGCGCGACACUGCGUUAUUUAGCUGGAAGGAUGUGUAGUUUCACCAAAUGUAUGCGCGUCCUUCGUCACACAUUCUUUUUGCAUGUUGCACUUCCACGUCAUGGAAAGAGUGAUGGCAGAUUCAGUGGAUGUGCGAACACAUGUGAAAGUCGAUAAUGAAUGUUAACUUCUUAGGUGUCUCGCACGAUGCUGCAAUCGACGCAAUUAUGAACCUUACGAACAAAACGGCAAAGCUUACUAAAAAAACGAAGAGAAAGAUACCCGAAAUAACAGUUCACAAGCAAGGGAACUAACCCAGACCGAUGGACGCUCUCAACCACGUUCAGUUUUCUUCCAAACGUGGACCACUGCACACCACCGAUAUCGACCGAAAAUUCACCGAAAAGAAAAAAAAAAAAAAACACCAGACAGAUGAACCGGUGCGUCCACGCUGCUUUGUCCCUCGCACACCUAAUCAUUCAAAAGAGAGAUGUGUGAAAUAAUAAACUGAAAUAUUGAAUACGCGUACCCAGCAUAUCCGACGUACAGACUACGGCAAGGCGCAGUCAGAGACACGUUCUUGGGGCCCCUCGUUUGGCACUCUGCACUGUACCAUAGUUUCCUGCUCUGUUCAAAGCGAUGUACGCAUAUCGGCGAUGUCGCGCACUUGACGAUGUGGGUGCGCUUUGCGUGCACCGCGUGAGACGGGCGGUCAAACCUUUCCUUCUCUCUCUCUCUCUCUUUCUUUAACUCCUCUACAUGUAUUAUGGUGUGCGUGGUUGAAGUUCCGUGUCCUGUACCUUUCAAUUGUUGUGCGAGCAAAUAUAUGAGAAACGAGCCUCAGUGAAUGUUGGCAAAAAAAAAGCCGCGCAGAAUCUAAAGACUAUCCAAUUGUAGCAAAAGUAAGUGAAUAGAAGUCCAAAUAGGUGAAUUAUCACAAUACCAACAUUACCAUUUGGCAAGUUGAUAUGACGUUUAUGUAAAUGUGCGUUGUACUUGCUUUAUUGUGUCACGGGGUCAAGGCUACACGCGUUGAGAGCACUGGAGGCAUUAAGUUGUAGAAAAUCACGAUCCUGGGAUAGUCAAAGCUAUUAAUAGCAACGAAGACAUGAAGGAAACAGGGAUGCUCAAGCUACUUUUUUUUUUCAAUCCACAAAAUAACAUGUCAGAGAGAGUUCCUCUCUAUGAGGAUGGCAUUUCAUUGCAGACGACAGUAAAGCAGACGUCGAUGGAUGACAUUCGACAUCACAUGGCACCAUACACAAAAAAAUUGCUUUGUCUGUCGGGAAACGGCUCAUAAUGCACCUCGUUUCCAAGCUUACAACGUCUCCAUUUUCUUCUCUCCUCUCUAUCAUCAUCAUGAUCCAAGCAUACAGCAUCUUGUUUUUUUCUUUCUGUCGUCUGCUCAGACUCAUUCCUCCGCUGCUGCCAGACCACACAAACAGUCCCGCCAUUUUCAGUGAAAUGCGCCUGUAUACUCAAUUCGCGGACUGUUCCUUCUGCCUUUUUCCUUUCUUUCCUCCUUUUUUUCUUUUUCUGCAAAGCAUUUUUUGCUGCUUUAGGACAAAAUUUUAUCAAACACGACAGUUGGUGGCGUGAAGGCAACCCAUUUCAUAAGUCUCGCUCGAUGUUGUUCAGAUUUCAAUGUCGUCCGCUUGCCUACAAAAACAAUAGACGCUUUUGCUGAGGACCCAUUCAUGAAUAGUUAACAGAGGCGCUACAAACCAAACCUGCGUCCGAAGACAGAGCCCGUUAUUGCCGUAAUAUUGUACCACAGUUCCAUUAUAGCCGCAAAACUACAUUUAUGUACGUACAUGUCAAACCCCAUAAGACACGCUCCACAAAGGGCCGUCGCAAUCGCAGGUUGUCUGACACUUAUACAUAAAUAUGCCUACAUUUAUAAGUCUACGCGUGCGCGUAUUCACCUCUAGCCCUGUACAUAAAGUUCCAUUCAAUGUGUCAACGUUCGUGAAGUAGGACAAGAAACAUAACCCGCACAAGAUAAAGUUCUCGCUUCGCGUGUAGCAGUGCGUUGGUUCGACUCUCCUAUAUUCAUAUACAUAAAUAUAUACAUACAUAUAUAAAUAUAUAUAUAAGAGAUAUACAUAUAUCAAUAGCGUAUUUUAGAAAUGGAGUGUGCCUUUCUACGCUUGGACACUUCGCGAAGCUGACUUAGGCAAGUUGGGAUGUGCCUUUAGGUGGAGCAGGCGGAAACAAGAACGAUAUACUCCCGAUUUCUUUAUCCCUCCCUAUUGCUUAUCUUCCUCUUCAUGUCUUGUCAUGAUUUAUCCGUUAUCUAUACGCGAGAUUUACAUAUAGUAACAGAAGAGUGUUAUCACAUUCUAGAAGGUUGCAUCAACGAACGCUAUUGUAAGAAGAUAUCAGCAUUACCAUCUGUGAUCAUUAGUAACAAUCAAGUUGCUGUUCUUCAAUAUGAGUACACGUACCUAGAAAGUCAGAGGCUAAUAUCAAUUGUUACGAUCUUCUUCUAGGCUUUAGAAAAUUAACUGAAUGAUGGUGCUUCGGUCAAUGGACGGGCGUGUCUCAGUCACGUGACCACCAGUCACAUGGCAUCGCUCAUUCUAGCUAGAUGCGAGCUCGAGAUGAGAUGAAAAUGGUGAUAACAUUCAAAAUCAAAACCAGGAACAAAAUUAGUAAAAUGAAGUCGUAUCUAACACGAUCUACUGCACUGUGCCGACCAUGCGGUCUAGAUAAACAUUACGUGACGUAUGACAGCUGAUCGCGCAGAUGUAUGUCGCGUCAUUUUUAUUGGCUGAAGAUAACCAUGCCGGUUGUAUAUUCGCUGCGUGCAUUGCAGUGCAUUAAUUCUAAUAACGACACCGUUGGGUUACUGUCGAUCAAUGCGCAGCGAUCUAUUCAGGAAGCAGACGACGCACAAGUUAGCAGACGACAGCGGCAGGAUGCAGCAAAAUCAGAAGUUGAAAGAUAUGUCGUGCGGUAUGUCAGUGUUUCAGUUGAAAAUCUGACACCUCGCAACUACAACGAUAAUUAUACUUAUGACGGUGUUUUCUUACUUACUAUAUUAUAAGCUAAAGUGAACUGACUGAAAGUCUGAAACAAACGCAACAAGCGACAACGCGAGGUCAGCGCUGCUGCUGCACAGGGUUUCGUAAUCGGUGGCUGGCAUUGAUACAGUAGAUCGUUGUCAUUUGGCGCGUUCACACAAAGAGGAAAAAAAAAAACUCAAAUAUGCAAGCGCAGAGGAUGUAAGAUACUAUCGCGAAAGCCUACAAAAUAACAGACCAUUUGUUACCCCUGCAAAACUAUUUUGUCGUUAUGUGACUUGACUAAAAAAAAAAAAGGAUGCAUAUCCCGUGUAGGCGAAUAAACUCUCAAUCGGUGACUGUUCCUUGAAGCAUAUAGACAGAUCCUAAACAAAUAGAGAAUCUGUAGGUGAACCGCACGAAAGUUUGAGUAUCCACAAGUAAAAUAACCCGAGACAGAGUUUCAUUACGUACACGUUUAGGUCGGUCCACAUCAGAAGCCAUCAUUCCCUAAUACCAUCACGUAUGUACACUUAUGCAAGCUACACGUUAUAACGGCGCUGAAAUAGAGUAAUUACACCACCUGAUUUACGCGUAGCAUUUAAAAGUUUUCUAAUGCGUUCUAGAAUACACAGCAAAAAAAAAAUAUCGCGACUAGCGCAAAUAUCCAGUCGUUUAUCACCUACAGAUUUUAUUUGGUUUCGAAUCUGACGGUAAUUUAGAGUUUUGCUGUUUGUUCAUUCUUUUAAUGAGUAGAAGUCGCAAAAUAAACAUAUGAUCCUCACCUAUGCACAGCAUGUUGUAUAUGCAAUGUCGCGUGGUUGGCUUUAGUGAUAAAUCAAUAAACGCUUUAAACACGCGCACAUAACUGAUUAGAUUCUUUUUUAGCUGAUGAAAAAAUAGCUUUAAAAAAACGGGCAUUAAAGCCUCACAGUAGAAGCAUAAAAAUGAAAAACGAGUACUACGCAGAUAGCAGCAAUGAAAUGUACUUUGCUUCUCGAAACAUGUUGUGUGCGUUUCCAAUGUUGUAGUCUGUGGUCUGAAUAUGUGGAAAAACAUCGGUACGCAUCGCCCAAUUGGCCUACUUAUUAUUGUUGCUUUGUUUGUUUGUUUUAAGCGGGAAACAUCAUCAAUAUUUAAAAUCCGCAUGAAAGGUAAACCACGUAGUCGAAGGUCGUACCCGUAUCCUCUUCAUUCCGUUUCGGAGAAUUGCCAGCAUCAAUCCAGCCCUUUAUUGCGCAGCGCCACAGUGCGCUUUAGUGAUAAUAGUCAAGCUAACCUGCUGUGAAUAAACACAGCGGAUCCUAGUGUAGUGACACGUACGGCGAAGCCCCUUAUUUUCAUGACUCUCGCGUGGAAGUGCAUUUUCCACGUCCAUGUAUUUAAGUGUACUACUCACACAAUGCAUUCGUUAAUCUGCAUGUAUGUAACGAAGUGACAUGAGCAACACUACGACGGCCUUGGUUCUGAUAUAGAGAUUUAUUAUUAUUAUUUUUUUUUUUUUUUUUUUUGUUGAAUAACGAACCUCUUCCGUAAAAAUGUUGCAGCCUAUCAUACUAUAGGAAAGGCAAAAAUAAGACCCCGUACUACUCUGGUAUUCAAGCAAAAAAUGAUCCUGCGCCGGCUGAGCUGCCGCCGCGCACCACUCACAUCGUGCUCCGAGAGAGCAGCCCUCGUGAACAGAGCCUCGUGACUCGGAAUAAUAAGCUGCGCCACCUGUCGAGCGCGCAGGGAGUGUUCGGUGGCGCCUUCACAGUCGAUGACGGUGCGCGCAUGUACAUACGCAAUUAAAACAAAGGGGGUUCAUUGCUACGUCAUAUCGGUUUCGGUUUCGUUAAUGGCCUGUCACCGAUCCAGUCAGAAACGUUACAUUUUUAUUUUUCCAAUAACUUCAGCCAUUUUAUUAUCUUUUUUAUACAGAUGGAGCAGAGUUAGCCUAGAAAUAUUCUGUUCCCACAAUACGGGGAAGAUGUUACAUAAAAGAAUAGUCAUAUUUGUCUGGGACACCUCGGCAGGAAUAAAACAAAAAAGAAAAAAAUAAAGGCCGCAAACGAAAUGGAGGCGAUUGCGUGGUUCGUCGCACUUUUGUUUUCUUUCUUUCUUUUUUUUUUUCUUUUCUGUUUUCAGCUCCACCAGUUCAAGUGUCACGAGAUGGCGCGCUAUUCACAACGACUUUUAAAUGUAAACAAGGAGCGUAAAGCAUGAUCGAGAAAGUCAGCUAGGGGGCUUUUUCCCCAGUCGCAGAACAUGUGCGCACAUGCGUGCAAAAAUGUGCACACGCACUUCUCCCUGCACGCACGCACGCACACACACACCCACACACACAUACGCUGACAGGUGCUCCUUUCGCUGGGCUGUACAUAACAGACUAUGUUACAUAACGCUUCAGUUCCGCGGUUGAGUGUUUUCAUAUUUUUGUGGUAGUUUAGUGUGUGUGGAUAGCGACCGUAGGUGUAGCGACUGCGACGUUUUCUCACGUGCCAUUUCGCGUAGAUUCGUAGCGUUCCCUUCGACACAGUCUGUACAACGAGUGGUAGGAUCUCGUUCCCAACUAUUCCCCAUCCAAUCUCUUCGUCCACAACUCUCGAUUGUGAUAGUGAGCGGCGUCAACGACUGCAGGGACGUUGUAGGGAGGUUGUCAGGCACAAUGUCAGAUUCCGUGCCCUCACUCUCUCUCUCUUCUUCUUUUUUUUUUUUUUCUUUUUUCCUCUUCUUUGAACUACAGGGUGCGUCACAGAAAGCAUAGUCCUCGUAUCUUUGGUUCGGAACAUUAUUUGCGUGAGAAGAGAAGUCUCUCUCCAACGUCAACUUUGGAACCGAGCAUCCGAUGAACGUGUCUUAUCUAGAGGAUAGAGAAGUAGCAAGCUAGCUGGUGGUAAUCUUAUCUGUUUUGUAUGUAUCUAUCUCGCAUUCCCGUUUAAUUCAUCGAGCGAGAAAGCGAGUUUCGAGAGUAAUUAUUAUGGAAUACUUCGUACAUCAUUAGCAAUUAACAGUACUUAAUAGCAACGUACAACACUGUACUUAACGCGUCCCAUUAUUUACAACACAAACUCGCGGAGUCUCCUGCUUUCUGUGAAGCGCCUACAGCCCUCAGUUGAGGGGAUCACGCAAUAAACAAAAUGUGUCGCUGUUUAAAACGUUUCGCCACACGUACGUAACGUACCAAACGAAUAUUACGUUACGAAUUCGGAUGGCUCGUCGCAAGCUGGAAAUGUGAAGCCCUUGAAAACCUCCUUUGUGUGAAAGGUAUAUACAAAAAGUGCCGCGACCGUUUCCGUACACUUACUGUAGAAACUGUACAGAGGGUACACGGUGUCUACACAUAUUUAAACACGAAUACAUGUAUCAAAAUACCCAACAUGUAGCUGGGAACCAGGCAACCGACACGGCUCGGUCAUUGUACAUAGCUCCCUCUUCCGCGCAUGCGCGACGUCGUCCGACACAAACGGCAUGGUGAGUUAGAUUCCAUGUUGCUGCCCAACUGAUUCCAGUGGAUUGAAACUAAUAUGUACUGAUAACUCUGUAUACUGGUGUAUAGAUACGAAUAAAAGUUGAUUAAACCACAAA